AAAGAGGGAGGCCUACCUGAGUCAAGAGGGCCCUAGAAGUGGCCGGACUCCGAACAGAAUCGCGGAAUCAUUGCCAGUCCGUGUUGUGAACGAUUUCGGACUACGACUCCGUGUCGUAACCAACCAAGGCCCUAUAAAGCCACGUCCCCCGAGGCCCAUCGACGCUAUCGUGUUCGCCUCAAUCGAAACGCGCAAUCGCCUUCGAGGCUUCGAUCGAUCGUUUUGUUGCUCGGCGCCCCCGGAGACGUACGUCUUCCUCCCGAGAGCAAGAGAGACGAUCGUUCUACGCGCCAAUAUCAUCAAGAUGUCGUCGGAGCAGCAGGCGAGCGCCGGCCAACCGGUCCUCUGUGCCAGUGGCUGCGGCUUCUACGGGAACCCCGCCACCCUCGACAUGUGCUCCGUCUGCUACCGCCAGCACUGCCUCCUCAACGGCGCCACGAUGGCGACGGGGCCCUCCUCUUCCGUGGCCGCCGCGAGCGCCGCUACCGUCGCGACCGGCGCAGUUACGUCUGAUUCCUGCUCCGUGCCUUCCGCUGAGGUUAAUGGCGCCGCAUUCUCCUCCAAGAACAACCCUGAGCCGGCGACGGUAGUAGAGAAGAAGGCGCCGGCGAACCGGUGCGCGUCGUGCAAGAAGAAGGUGGGACUGUUGGGGUUCGCAUGCCGAUGCGGGGCUACCUACUGCGGGACGCACCGAUACCCGGAGAAGCACGCCUGCGGCUUCGACUUCAAGGGCGCCAGCCGCGACGCCAUAGCCCGCGCCAACCCGCUCAUCAAGGGCGAGAAGCUGACCAACAAGAUCUGAUCGCCGUCUGGUGCAAACUAGCCAUAGAUGCAUUUUAAAUUGUUAAUUCAGCUUCAGUAGGCUCACAAGUCACCACUCCCAUGAUAACGGUGUCGUUGAUCCGUGUAAUGAAUCGCCGUACCUUGUCUUAUGCAAUUACAUCAGUUAAU